CAGGGGGCGAGCGGUGACGGCAGCGGCGGCUGCGCAGGGCGCUCGGCACGGCCUUGGCUGGCUGCAGAGGGGGCCUGGCGGCCGGAGAGUGGGAGGCAGGCGGGCACCUGCUGCCGUCCCCGCCUCGAAGGCGCGCUGAGACGUCGGCCAAGGCGUUCUGGCAAGCUGCGGCUGGGUUCCCGCGCAGGCCGGUCUCGCUCGCUCGCUCGGAAAUCGGCGGCUGUGCGAGCGGCGCAGCAGCAGCAACAGCAGCAGCUGCAGCCGCCUUUGGGCACGCCAGCGGAGGAGAGCCGGGACCCCGCCGGACUGGCAGCGUGAAUGAAAGUUUGGUCCGAAUUCCGCGCCGGGGACUUCAACCGUCAUGUUAAGAUAAAGCAGAAAAGCGCAGUGCUGAACAUGCUAAAGAGGUUAGACAAAAUAAGGUUCAGAGGUCACAAGAGAGAUGAGUUCCUUGAUUUAGCGGAGUCUCCCAAUGCUUCAGACACCGAAUGUGGAGAUGAAAUCCCUAUGAAAAUACCUCGUACGUCAGGCAAAGACAAUGAGGAACUGAGAGAUCCUGCUGGUCCUGGGACCAUCAACAUGGCUUCAGGAGUCCAGGAUUAUAAUAGAACAGAGUCUGAUAGACUGAAUGAGAUCAAAGGCCAUCUGGAAAUUGCCUUGCUGGAAAAACACUUUCUUCAGGAGGAACUCAGGAAGCUGAGAGAAGAGACAAAUGCUGAAACAUUGAAACAAGAGCUAGAAAAAGAACGUCUGAGGAGGAUAGAACUGGAACAAAAAGUCAAUGAAAUUCUUAAAACAAGAGCAGAAGAGCCAGCUCCUGCCCAGCAGCCCCCGAAAGCACAGGCACAAGCCAAUGGAACAGAUAAACGCAGCCAUAUGGUAUGUUCACGAGUUCAGAAGUGGGUUUAUGACAAAUUUGGGGAAUAUAUUGAAGACUUCCGAUUUCAGCCAGAAGAAAACACAGUAGAAACGGAGGAACCUCUUAGUGCAAGGAGGCUUACGGAAAAUAUGAGAAGAUUAAAGAGAGGUGCCAAACCUGUCACAAACUUUGUGAAGAAUCUUUCUGCCUUAUCAGACUGGUAUUCUAUCUACACAUCUGCUAUUGCCUUUAUUAUCUACAUGAAUGCAGUAUGGCAUGGCUGGGCCAUUCCUAUGUUCUUAUUUUUAGCAAUUUUGAGGUUAUCCCUAAAUUACCUCAUAGCCAGAGGAUGGAGAAUACAGUGGAGUAUUGUGCCUGAAGUUUCUGAGCCUAUUGAACCUCCAAAGGAAGACCUAACAGUGUCAGAAAAAUUCCAGCUUGUUCUGGAUGUGGCACAAAAAGCACAGAACUUGUUUGGCAAAAUGUCAGACAUACUGGAAAAAAUUAAAAACUUGUUUAUGUGGGUCCAGCCUGAAGUUACGCAAAAGCUGUACAUUGCUUUGUGGGCAGCUUUCAUCGCUUCCUGCUGCAUUCCAUACCGGAUCAUUGGGCUUUCACUGGGCCUUUAUGCAGGAAUCAAAUUUUUUCUUAUUGACUUCGUCUUCAAACGGUGCCCGAGGUUACGAGCAAAGUAUGACACUCCUUAUAUUAUAUGGCUAAACUUGCCCACCGAUCCUCAGCUCAAAGAAAGGGCUAAUGCUACAGUAUCAAGAAGGCUGUCAGGGCAUGAAAAGCUUCAAACCGCAACAUCGCGAAGUUGUGUAGGUUCAGGUGCCCCAACAGGAGUAAGCAGGGAUGAAGACAGCAGCCGUUUCCAUACUACGAAGAGAGGCAACUUCCAUGAAGUGUUUAAUCUGUCUGAAAACGAGCGUCCUUUGGCAGUGUGUGAAAAUGGCUGGCGAUGCUGCUUGAUUAACAGGGACAGAAAGAUGCCCACGGACUACAUUAGAAACGGCGUGCUUUAUGUUACAGAAAAUUACUUAUGCUUCGAAAGUUCCAAAUCUGGUUCAUCGAAAAGGAACAAAGUUAUAAAACUAACAGAUAUUACAGAUAUUCAAAAGUACAAAGUGCUCUCUGUUCUCCCAGGAUCUGGAAUGGGUAUUGCAGUAUCCACACCAUCUACACAAAAACCUUUGGUGUUUGGUGCCAUGGUGCACAGGGAUGAAGCUUUUGAGACCAUUUUCACCCAGUAUGCGAAGAUAACAUCUGCAGCGUCCACCAGUGAAAGCUAGUAUAUCACCACUGCUGGUUCUCCUGGGGCGACUUCAUGAAUUUACUCGCUUGGUAGUGAAUAAAAGGUGGAACACCCUUCAUCAAUUCUGCAAUAAUUUUCUUCAUUGCAUAUGUCUUAUGUUACAUAAAUGUAUUUUAUAUAUGCCUUUCAUUUUUGUUGUUUUUUAAGGCUUUUUGUAAAAAAGAAAAAAGAAAAAGACAGUGAAAGUGCUAUCAUCACUAUUAGCCUUGCACAUUAAGCACUUUUAAUGCUUCUUUAUUGACAUUAAAAAGCUUAGGAAGAUACUUGGUGAACCGAGCUUGAGGAUAGACCAAUGAAGCUGUCUUCUUCCGCCCUGAAAUCCCAGGGUGCAACGGUACAUUCUCUUCCUCUUCUGCUGCAGGUUCUGCGUUCGGAACUAUGUGCCAGUCUUACCGAUUUCAGUGGCAUUUCUGUGCAUGCAACGGGGGGGGCAGGGGGCAAGGCUGCAACCUGGUCUGGUUACACAGGUUAAUGGUAACGUGCUUUCAAGAUACCUUUUAUCUUACUAGCUGAGAUCUAAAAAAUAUGAAUUGAAGGUAUGAGUACAAGCAGUUGUGCUUCAAGCAGGCUUUUGUAUUCAUUGCUGUACCUUUUGAAGGAUGUGUACCUUUGGAAGACUGUUGCGAGGAAUAAACUUCGUACAGAGGGUUGGCCCAUUCCUUCAUUUUCCAUCUUCCUCCUGUGUGCCACUCAUAUAGAAGCACUUUGCUGGCACAAUGUGUGAAGCCACUGUUUUCAGCAACACCUUUUGAAUGAUUUGCAUUGUUUGUGGCACACCUUCACUUCAAGGAAUUGUUGUUGUUGUUGUUACUAUUCUUAUGUUGAAAUAAUACAGUGGCAUUAUGCUGUCUUCACAGUAUCACCAAGAUCCUUUGUUAUUUCUUUGAAAUAUUUGAUAUAUUGAGGGGGUUCUUAAGUUGUAAACAUUUGUAUCUUUUGCAUUGUAAAAGCUCACCUAGGCAUGCAGGUUUCUUCGCUGAAUUAGCACCACAAUUUGUGUAAUUAUCUCUGCCUUUGUCUUCUUAUUUUAGUACAUUUGGCAUUUCUGCAACCAUGCCAAUUGAUUUUCUGUUUCUGAUCGUUUUUGCUUCUUGCAGACCCUAUCUCUGCCUUUCACUAUAACAAGCUUUGAAUUUGGAAGCUUUAAUCAAGAAAAAAUAAAAAGGACUCGCAGAACUUCAGGUCCUGACCUCAUGUUCUGUGCAAAUGCAAGUAAUGGAGUGUCAGUGGACUAUGUUAUUUUUAAGAGCAAGUGGAGCUUCAGAGUGUGCAGUUUUGAGCAAAGAAGCAAUGUUGGGAUCUCUGACCCUUUCUGCACUUGCCAGUUCCCGAAGCCUUCAGAUUACCUCCCCAGCUGCUCUUGCACUGCAUUUAUGGUCAUUUGUUUGCAAGGGUAAAAAUAUGACUGGAAUCCCACUGGGAGUGAUGUAGAUUUGUGGUGGAAAUGGAUUCAGCUCCUGCCCUAGUUGCCCUGCUCCCAAUUGCUCCAUCCAAAAGCUUGUAUCUCUUGCGUAGAAAUUGGCUGGCAGGCCUCUGUUGCAUCAAUUUGCAUGCAAUGUGGAAUUAGUUGGUCAGGUAAUCUUAGUAACAAUGCAUGAUGCCAUAGGAAAAAGGGCUUCUGUCAACAUGGGUCUGUAUCGAGGAUGGAAAACUACUUCCUCACCUGCUUUAUGAUUUAGGACAAACCAUGACUACAUUUGUGAGGAAAGUAAUACCAAAAGGAUUUUAGAAACGGAUUUCCAUGCACUGAGAAAAUCCCCCUCUUCCCCAAACAAGGAAAGCACACGUGAAGUUUACUUUCAGUAGAGUCUGUAUUUGAAAGGCUCAGUAGAAGCCUCUCAUACUUUCCACAGUGUAAAAGGAAAAUGUUCCAGUAAUAGCAAUGUGUGUGCUUCCCUAAACAAUGCAGCUUCAUUUUUUAAAACAAGAUAAUUUGUGAUUUAUAUAUAUUUUGAAGCAAGUAGCCUACAGACAUUUUUGAACAUGUUUAAGGAACAUGGGGCUACUUAAUAGUGACUGGACUUCUUUAUAUAAGGACUUUGUCAAGCAUCAACCCAGCAAGUAAAGAAGAGUAGCUGAAGGAUAAAUAAGCAUUAAAUUAGCUUAAUGUUUUUACUAAGCUAAAUCAGAACCAUAGUACAUCAAGUUUGUCUUUUAAAAAAACCCCUUGGGUGUUCAUGAGGUUCUCGUUUUUUGAGAAACAGAUUAUAUUUUUUACAGAGUGGGCUGUUUUUCUUAUUUUUGUAUCAUUUUCAAAUGUAAUUUUUAUCUUCACUCUGAUCAUGAAAAAUCUGGUUCAGGUGAAAAUCGGGUAACAGCACGUCUUACCUCCUCCCCCUACUGACCGACCGAAGUAUUGUUCUGGAAUGUGGUUCCUUGAAGUCCUUUCUGUGAUGUGAUGGUAGUGCCACAAUUACCUGCGUCCCUUUUCGGAAAGAAACAAUAAAGAUAUCAUUACAUAUAACCAAUAAUCUAAAUGAUGUAUUUAGAUUCCCCCCCAGCUUUGAUAUUACUAGUACAAAUUUGUUCAAAAUAAUCUGCACUUUCAGCAAUGCAAACAUUAAAAGGUAAAAGUGAAGGUAGAACAUGUGUUGCAAACUACAAUGCAAAGAUAGUUCAUUCCAAUAUCAAGUUAAUGAACUGGAUUUUUAGAAAGCAAAUGUAUACUAAGACAGGCAUACAUAUUUUUGCAAAAUCCAACUACAUUAUGCAAAGGACUACUGUAAAAUUAAUUGCUAUGUUUUGUGUUAUGUUAUUUGUUACAAUGCCCUCGACGUAAUUAGGAAGUGCUUGAGUACCUGAAUGUAUUUUAUUUCCUAUAUCCUGAAAUGCUUAGCUUCAGUCAGCCUAUUCCAUAGUCAUGGAGUUUGGUUCGGAUUCAUGUCCUUACAUGGGAUUUGAGGUAUAGCCCUACUGAAUUUAACUUCAGUAGUGCUACUUAAUGUGAAGUGUUAUUUUUUAAACAGCAUUUUUAAAGCAAUUCUCCAUAAAUUUGCUGUGUUGAUAUGUGGUUAUUCGACCUGUGGCUUACUGGUGAAUUCUCUUUGUAUUUAACGGAAUAACUUCUUUUACUGAAGAAUAGUGGUCAAGUUGGAGAACCUUUCUCAGCAUAAAGGCAGAUGAAAACUGAUCACGUUGUACGUUCCCUCUUUAAAUUGCCAGAAGCAGAAGUUCUGUCACAUGUAAGUACACUGUUAGUUUCAUGAGGCAAAAUUUGACCUAUAAGUGAAUUAUGUAGCAACAUCACACAAAUUUCCAGCAAAACCAGUUCAUGAGCUCUAUAGAUGGAGUGAGGAAGCUUGGAGGGAACAGGUGUGUACGCAUUGUGAACCCUGAAAACAAACCAACCUGGUAGUUUAUAAUGAAUAAUGUACAUUGCGGCAGAUGUUUUAUUUCUGCUACUAAUCAUUAAAUAGAAUGGGUGUGAAAUAAUUUUUAUGUCUGAAGUUUGAGUCUAUAUUUUGAAGUUGUAAAUAAUUCAUUAGCAGUGUAACUUUUGUUCGACAGGAGACUUGUACUGUAUGAAAAAUUGAACUGAGACAAUUUGCCCUGUACAUUUUUUAAGAGAAUCUUGUUUGUUUAAGAAAAAUGGGAGGGGUGGGGGCCUUGGUAUAAAUUAUAAUUUUUAUUUAAAUAAAAAUAAACCCUAAAAUGCUUUCUGCUACAAA